CUCUCUCUCUCCAUUGAAGAGGAAGCAGCACUCGAAGGAUAAGAAGCUUACUCGAUUUUGUUGCAGAUUCGGAGAAGAGCAUGGCCACCGCAACCUCGCUCAGUGCUCUGAACCUGGUAGGGUCGUUCCGGGGACUCUCCUUGUGCUCGAGCUCUUCCACCUCCUUCGCCGGAGGCGACUUCGGGCCCGUGGCCGCCGCCUCGAGGCUCUCCGUCCCUUGCCCGGUGAAGUUCCCGCUGACCAUCGAGUGCGCGCACAAGAAAGGGGCCGGCAGCACCAAGAACGGCCGCGACUCCAGAGGCCAGAGGCUCGGCGUCAAGAUCUUCGGCGACCAAGCCGCGAAGCCUGGGGCUAUUAUCGUACGCCAACGUGGUACUAAGUUCCAUCCUGGAAAUAAUGUGGGACUUGGCAAGGACCACACCAUCUUCUCUCUGAUUGACGGACUAGUCAAAUUUGAGAAGUUCGGGCCCGACAAGAAGAAGAUAAGUGUAUAUCCAAGAGAAGUUCAGCCCGAGAACCCAAAUAGCUACAGAGCACGAAAGAGAGAGUACUUCAGGUUGCAGCGUGAACGUAAAAAGGCAAGAAAGGAAGGCAUUGUAGCUGAACUCCAGCUAGUGUUAGCUUCAGCUGAUGAUACUGCAGAAAGCAAUCCAAAUUGUUGAUAUUGCGGCACUUUUCCCCUUCUUUGCAAUCAACGCUUUCUUUGAGAUGUACAAUGAUCAAAAGUUUUACUACAUCAAAUUCCUUCAUUUAUGAUUUGUCUUCCC